AGCAGUUUCAGUCACAGGUCCGGAGAGAAUGAAGAACCAGUCUUGCUGCACCUGAAAAAAUGAGUACCGGUAAAAACUCCUCUGCUGCAGGUCAACCUGCUGGGUCGGAUUGGGAUUCAAAUGUCCGUAUAGCGUCUGUGGUCAUCUACUGCAUCAUCUGUGUGCUCGGAACCGUGGGCAACGGUCUAGUUAUCUAUGUGACAGGCUUCAGGAUGAAACAAACAAUCAACUCUGUUUGGUUUCUCAACUUGGCACUGGCUGACUUCCUCUUUACUGCCUUCUUGGUUUUCACAAUCAUCAGUACCUCCCAGGAUCACCAGUGGAAUCUGGGACGUGUCAUGUGCAAGCUCAACACCUUUGUAAUUGUGGUCAACAUGUUUGCCAGUGUCUUUCUUCUGCUGGCCAUAAGUCUGGACCGUUGCCUGGCCACUUGGGUGGUGGUGUGGGCACAAAACAAGCGCACAGUUCGCAAAGCCCAGAUCAUAUGUGCUGUCAUCUGGGCCGUUGCUGUAGCCUGCAGCACCCCAUAUGCCACUUUUCGUGAGGUUUUGCAGAUAAACAACGUGAAUCGCUGUACUUAUUCUGUACGUCACACAAGUAAAGAAUAUUUCACUCUUGCAAUUUUUCGCUUUGUAGCUGGAUUCGUCAUCCCAUUCUUGGGAAUAUUUGUUUCUUACUUGGCCAUAUAUGUUCGUGCAAAACGCCUACAGAGUAAAAGAAACAAGAGAUCUCGCAGAAUUAUAAUUGCUGUCAUUCUUGCAUUCUUCAUCUGUUGGCUGCCCUUCCAUGUCUGUCAGCUUAUAGAAUUACUGUCUAAAAACAAUCAAGUCUUGAGUAAUGUCCGUAAAAUUGGUCCUCUAAGUGUAUGCCUGGCCUUUCUGAACAGCUGCCUGAACCCUGUUCUGUACGUUUUUAUGUGUGAGGAAUUCCAGAAGAAGCUCAAGCAGUCUAUUUGCCAUGUCCUAGAAAGCGCCCUGGCAGAGGAACACUUGUCUUUUAUGUCAUCUCGCUCAUUGUCGUCACAUUUCUCACGAAUGACACGGAGGUCUGACUCUGCGGCACCAGGGGAGACUAAGGAGGCUGUGGUUUCCUUGUGCUACACAGAAAACAAAGCGGUCAUCACCGAGGACACUCUCAGCACUGGUUAAAACAUUGACAACAAACAGUUAACUGUAAUGAAUCCACAUUUUUCCACUGAAACAUGAAAAAGUGGAGCAAAAGGAGAAAAUAAUAUUGAAAUUUGAGCAAAACGUUUGUGUGCAUGUACAUUAUUUCUCUUUUUUGGUGAAAGAACUCCAUUACUGUGGAUAUGUCACGCUAUGUUGUAUUAGUUGUAACUGUACCACUUGUAACAAUUAAUGUAAAAUAUUUUUGACUAAUUUCUUGUUUAUUCAUGUGAUAUAAUCUGCCAAUGAAGUAAUAUGUUUUCUUAAUGUUUCUUAAGCUUUAUUUUUGAGCCUCUACCUUAUUGAUCCAUUCAUUGAUCAUUAGGUAUUACUGCCUACAAAGCUGUAUUUGACAGAUGACUUUUUAUUUUAUUAAAGACACCUUUAAAAAUGA